AUGGUGAUCGGAAGAGUGUUAAUUCAGCAGCGACGUCGUAGUUUUUACGAAGAAUAUAUCAUUCUAUCAUUGACUGAAAGAGAACUACUGUUAGAAGCCCAAAAAGGCUUAGAAGGGUUAUUGCCGGGUGAAAAUGAUGAUAAUUGUGAUGAGACAGAAAGCGGUUCCGAGAGUGAAGAUAACGUUCAAGAAGCCUUUAGUCCAUCUGAGUCUGAAUUUGAGCCGACAACUAGCAGUGACACUGAUUCAGAAUAUGACUUACCAUCUACAAGUAAGAAAAGAAAAAAGGCAUCCAAAGUAAGCAAUUUAUCUUGUAUUGCAGUCAAUCCUGAGGAUGAUACGGUGUCAGAUAAUCAGGAAGAAAAUGAAGAUGCAACACAGGAUAUUAUAACAAUAGGAAGUACCGCAGAUAAACCUGUAAAGCGGCUACGCCUUCCCGCAAGUCUAAAAGGUAAAAACGGACACAGGUGGUCAUCCGAGCCAAAAGCACCGAGAAGAACUCCCAAACGCAAUAUUGUACACAUCAUGCAAGGUCCCACUAAUGCUGUCAAAGAAGCAUUUACUCCUUUAGACGUUUUUCAUUGUUUUCUAACUCCGAAUUCUCUUCAAAAAAUUGUUAAUUAUACAAAUGCUGAGAUAUUCAUUCGAGCUCAAAAAUAUAAGACAAGUAAGUACACUAACUCAGACGUAAAACAGGAAGAAUUGCAUGCCUUAUUGGGACUUUUAAUAUUCGCGGCCUCUCAAAAGGAUAAUCACUUGGCAACGAGAGAAAUGUUCAACGAAAAGCUUUCAGGUUCAAUAUAUAAAGCAACAAUGAGCCGUGACAGGUUUGAGUUUCUCAUAGAGUGUCUUCGAUUUGAUGAUAAAGCCACUCGGUCAGAAAGGAAAAAAUCUGAUUCAUUAGCGGCAAUACGAGAAAUAUGGGGCGACUUAAUGGAUAAAUGCAGAAAAUCGUAUAAACCGGGAUCCUACCUUACAAUCGACGAACAGCUGCUGGCUUUCAGGGGAAGAUGUCCCUUUAGGAUGUACAUCCCAAAUAAGCCAGCUAAAUAUGGACUAAAAAUUGUUAUGAUGUGUGAUGUCGGUACUAAAUACAUGUAUGAUGCCGAUCCGUAUUUGGGCAAAGGGACUAAAACAAAUGGCCAACCACUGGGAGAAUUUUAUGUUAAAAAAUUGACCCAAGCAGUACAUGGUAGCAACCGGAAUAUAACAACCGAUAAUUGGUUCACUUCGGUACCCCUGGCUACAGACCUUCUAAAAGCCCCUUACAAUUUAACCUUAGUAGGAACCCUAAGACAGAAUAAAAAAGAGAUUCCUCCAGAACUAUUGAACCUGAAAAAUCGAGAAAUUGGGAGUUCACUCUUUUGUUUCGACGGUGAAAAAACUCUGGUUUCAUAUAAAACCAAAACAAACAAAUCCGUUCUUCUUCUCUCAACAUUGCAUGAUGGUCCAAUACUUUGUGAUAAGACUGGAAAACCUGACAUUAUCACGUUUUAUAAUGCAACCAAAUAUGGUGUAGAUACAUUUGACCAGAUGUGCGGGAACAUGAACGUAUCAAGGAAAACAAGGAGAUGGCCGCUUUGUCUCUUCUACGGUAUGAUUAAUAUAGCCUGUAUUAAUUCAUGGAUUGUUUAUAAUCAUAACCAACGAAGAAAGGGAUUAGAAACAACUCGAGAAAAAAUUUAUGUGUUUAUUAUCAGAGCAACUAAUAAAACCAUGGUUGGAGCAGCGGAAAACUUGGCCAACUUUAACCCGCUCGCUAAGACUGAUAAUCGAAAAUAUUUUAAAUUCAGAUGGACCACAGGAAAGAGCAACUCCUAUUGA